GAUGCCGAGGGGCCCGGCUCGGCGGGGCGCGCCCGCGGGGCCAUGAGGGCGGGCUCCGGCCAUGGCCCAUGGCAGCGCGGCGGUCAUGCUGAAGUGCGUGGUGGUGGGGGACGGCGCCGUGGGCAAGACGUGCCUGCUGAUGAGCUACGCCAACGACGCCUUCCCCGAGGAGUACGUGCCCACCGUGUUCGACCACUACGCAGUCAGCGUUACCGUCGGCGGCAAGCAGUACCUGCUGGGGCUCUACGACACCGCCGGCCAGGAAGACUAUGAUCGUCUGAGACCUUUAUCUUACCCUAUGACCGAUGUCUUCCUUAUCUGCUUCUCAGUGGUAAACCCUGCUUCAUUUCAAAAUGUGAAGGAAGAGUGGGUACCGGAGUUGAAGGAAUAUGCACCUAAUGUUCCCUUUUUACUAGUAGGAACACAGAUUGAUCUCCGUGAUGACCCAAAAACUCUGGCAAGACUGAAUGAUAUGAAAGAGAAGCCCGUAUCUGUGGAGCAAGGACAGAAGUUAGCAAAAGAGAUAGGAGCCUACUGUUACGUGGAGUGUUCAGCUUUAACACAGAAAGGACUGAAGACUGUUUUUGAUGAAGCUAUUAUAGCCAUUCUAACUCCAAAGAAACACACAGUGAAGAAGAGAAUAGGCUCAAGAUGCAUAAACUGCUGUUUGAUCACGUGAGAGACAUUUGACAAUGGCCAGGCUUACUGUGAAAUUCUACUGAUUUUAAAUACAAUGCAUUAAGUACAUAGUGAAUUUGU